AUGGUCAGGGACUCCGCUCACCGGCCUACAGUGGCCCCUGCUGGUCAAUCACCCCAUGAGCUCAAGUGGACACCUGCAGGGCUGGCCUUUGUCCACCAGGAGCCGCAAAAUGACUGUCUGGAACAGAGGCUGUGGGGUGAUUUCAAACCAUCGAGAGCCAUGCAAAACAGAAAACGCUUCACUGAAGCAGCAGCCAACAUGUGCUGUGCAGCUGCUGGCAAAGGAGAUACCCCAACCGAGAGACCCCCAGUCCUCAGAGCAGGUGUGAACACUGUCACCACUCUGGUGGAGAGCAAGAAAGCUCAGCUGGUUGUCAUUGCCCAUGACGUGGAUCCCAUUGAGCUGGUUGUGUUCCUGCCUGCACUGUGCUGUAAGAUGGGCUUUCCAUACUGCUUUGUCAAAGUCAAGGCCAGGCUGGGCCACCUGCUUCACAGGAAGACCUGCACUUCCUUUGUCUUCACACAGAUCAACCCUGAGGAUAAAAGAACUCUGGCUAAGCUGGUGGAAGCUGUCAAGACCAACAACAAUGACAGAUAUGAUGAGAUUCGCCGUCACUGGGGAGGAAAUGUCAUGGGCCUGAAAUCCACAGCCUGUGUCGCCAAGCUGGAAAAAGCAAAGGCCAAGGAACAAGCUGGGUUAAAUCUUCCAAGCUUGUGUUUACCUGUUCUGUACAUAAAAAUAAAAAUCUCAGAAAAAACUGCUGUGGUAGAAUCCUCACAAGCACUGGAGGCCUGUGCCUCUGCUUAA